AUGCUCUACGCUGCCCGUUCUGUCCUUCCUAGAAGUCAACAAACAGAAAAAAUACGUUAUUUGUUGGAAUAUAAUUGUUGGCCGCCGCCUGUUUUUAUGGCAAAAUAUUGUUCUCGUAAUAAUCGUUUUAUGCCUGCAAAGUGCGCUCCAGUUAAAUCUCCAUUAAUUUUGAAUCCUUGCAAAAAGGAAGAAGUUUGGCGCUAUUUUAGUUAUAUGUUUGUGCACGUUGGUUUUGUUCACCUUCUAAAUAAUUUGGCAGUUCAAUUCUUGCUUGGAAUACCUUUAGAACUUGUCCACAAAUUUUGGCGUAUAGCUUGUCUUUAUUUUCUUGGAGUUAUUUGUGGAGCUUUACUUUUCUUUGUUUUUGAUCGUGAUAUUUAUCUUGCUGGGGCUUCUGGAGGAGUUUAUGCUUUGUUAUCUGCCCACAUUGCUAAUAUAAUAAUUAAUUGGAGUGAAAUGGAAUUUAAUUGGAUACGUGCAGCAAUUUUUGGAAUUUUUGUUUCGUCAGAUAUUGGAGUUUCUGUUUAUCAACGUUAUUUUUCUUCAAUGCCAAAUAAAGUUUCUUAUAUUUCCCAUAUUGGGGGCUUUGUUGCUGGCCUCUUCUUGGGAAUUGUUUUGUUACGAAAUUUACGUAAACGAAAUUGGGAGAAUUAUGCUUGGUGGACAGCAUUAACUUUAUUUUCUCUUUUUGUUUGUUCGAGUAUUGUAAGUAGUUUUCUUUUUAAAUUUUUUUGUUGGAAGGACACUUCUAUUUUUUCCUAA